AUGGCUCCUGAUGUCAAAAUUCUUGCCAGUCCUGGGGCCAGCCCACAAGCUGAAGUUAAGUGGUCCAUGGAAGCCCACAAAUCCCUCCAUUGUGCCCACUCGGAAAAUAUUCGAUCCUUGCUGAUGCAUGGGUGGUCUUUUGAUACAGAUUUGGUGGGUGAAGCCUCCACUUCUGACAACAAGGCCGAGCAGGCAAAGGCCGAGCGCAUCAUUUUCCGUCUUGACUCGUCUCAGUUCAUCGAAGAAACAAUGGGAUCGUUGUUGUCUUACUGCUAUGGGCGGAGUCUGCAUGGAACGUCCGUGGAAAACCUGCUAGAAUUGGUGGAUGGCGCCACUUACUUGGGCAUGACUUCUUUCUCUCUUCGGUUUGAAGAGUCCCUGGUGGCAAAGCUGAAAUCUGAGAACGUAGCCCAAUGUAUACGUUUGCCGAGGAACACAGAGCAAAGCGACAGUCCUUGGGAUGCCACAAGUAUCUAUGUCAGAACGUGA